ACUAAUUUGAAGGUGAUUCAGGUUUCGAAACAUUUUGAAAUAUUACGUUUCUCUGAUGACCUUGGCUGGGUUUAAGGAUGGGUGAACUUCCGAUUUUCACUUGUCAAGCCCAUGUAUUUACAAUUAACCCUCAAACAAAGAAGUCAUGGAUUCCGUCAAGCAGUAAAGCGGUCGAUGUUAACUUCUUUUAUGACUCCAAUAAACACUGUUAUCGAAUAAUUAGUGUUGAAGAUUCUUCUGGUUCAAAAAAGGUUAUUAUUAAUAGUACAUUGACGGAAAAAAUGACAUUCAAGAAGACUUCACAAAAAUUCGGACAAUGGGCUGAUUCGAAAACUGGUGGAGUCCAUGGUUUGGGGUUCAGCUCAGAAGCAGACUUAACCAUGUUUAUCAAUCAAUUUAAACAGUGUGUAGAUUCAAUGAAAACUCAAAUUCAACCAGAAGCAAAUAGUCCAUCUGGAAUACGUGUACCAUCAGAUUCAGUCAAUUUACCGAAAGACAAUUUAUCAAGCCCGUUACAAAAUGGUCAAAUUCAUCCACCUAUAUCGAAUAGUAGUAGUAGUAGUAUUCCAGUUAACCAACCCACUACACCAACAAUAACACCUACAUGUUUAACGACUAAUUUUAUUACUUCACAUCAAAAUAUUUCACAAAAUUUAUCAAAUCCAUUAUCUAUACAACAUGUGAAUUCAUCAUCAUUGCCUGUAACACUAACAACACAAUCAUUAACAACAACUAAUGGACAAAAUGAAAUAUAUUCUAAUCAAUCUGUACAAAAUCAAUUAAAAUUAGCUCAAGCUCAAGUAAAACGGUUAGAAAUGGAAAUUAAUCAAUUAAAACGUCAAGCUAUGCCAGUAAUGGGUAGUUCAAUGAAUGGAUUAGUUUAUACAACAAAUUAUACUAAUAUUGAACCGGGAAUAUCAAUCGAUACCGUUGAUAGUCCUGAUCUACGAUGUGGUAUUGCACGUUUGGAAUUAGAUGGUACUAAUGGCGGUGGAAGUGCCGGUGUCAAUAGUAAUGGAGAAUGGAUUAACGAAUUGAGUAUUAGUAAUAAACCUAGGCCAGUUGGUACUAUUCAUCCUUCAUUGGUACAAGGUAAUCAAAACAGACUAUUAUGGAUGGAUCGUGCAUCACAAGAUACUAUACGAUCAUUGCAUAUACGUUUAGGAAAUGUAUUAAAAGAAGCCUUAGAAAUUCAUAAUCGUUUAAGUUCUAUUCUAUCAAUUCCAUCUGUAGAGUAAGAAAUUUUGUGUUCAAUACAUUAAACUCACUGACUGACUACUUCUUCUCAGUCUUCCUGUAUACAUGACUUUUAAAAUUUAUUUCUUUAUAAUUUAGUUUAGAUUUCUUAAUGUGUUAUCAAUUUGUUGUUUUUUCUUCUUCUAACAUUAAUGUUUCUUCUCUAAGAUGAUGAAAUUCCCCCCUCCUAACAAUAACACAAACAUCAUUUUAUUCUUUUUAAUAAUAAUGGAUACUGCUAGAUGCCUGUCAGUAUUUUAAUCAUCAUCUAUGCUGUUGUACAGUUCAUGUAAUUUAUUUUAAUUUGCUAUACUGGUGAAAUGUAAAUUCAAUUUUUUACAUAAGACAAAAUUAACUCGUAAAAUAAACAAGUAUUAUCACUACUAUUCAUUCGUAAAUAAUAAUGACAAGGUCAUAUCUAUUUAUUCUAAUGCAUGAUGUUUGUUUUAUUUCUCUUAAUUGAUGUUUCUUAUUCCCUGCGAAUUUCCUCUCCUUUCUUUUCUAUCUUUUAUAAUAUAAUUCCAAGAUUAAUUUUAUAAAUACUCCUUAAUAUAGUCGUAUUACUUUAGAUACAA